UCUCGCAAACAAUAUUCUUUUAUGUAUCUACAUAAUUCAUAAUGACUUUCCGACUUCCUCCCGAAUCAAAAAGUCGCUUGGCUAAUAAAAAUUUUGAACAUCCGGCCACCAAAGGAAAACUUCAGUCACCUUUCGCUGUUCACAAUGAGGAAGGCAAACUUUUCUGCAAACUGUGCGACGUACCCCUUAAAAAUGAGACUGUCUGGAAUGCUCAUCUCCGAGGAAAAACCCAUAAAAAUAAUUUAGAAACUUUUUAUAAGAGUUCUGAGCCCUCUGAGAAGGCUCUCGACCACAACUUUGGAAAGAAAACCGAUGAGUACCCUACGACCCAUUUAGCUAAAAGAGUAAAAAGUGAUAUAGAAAAAGAUGAAAACAACCUUCCAAGAAAUUUUUUUAACAACACUAUAGAAGAGAAUAGUGAUAACAAAUCAAGUAUUCCUGAAGCACUCGAUGAAAAUAAUUCUAUCAGUAGUAAUCUAACGGAUUUUCUCGAUCCUGAGGACUACAAAGAACUUGAAAAAGGAAAAUUACCAAAGGGAUUCUUUGACACGUCCGUAAAAGCUCCCAAAAAACCAGCAAAAGUUAAGGGGUCAAGUAUAGAUGACGAAGUAGAAAGCUUCGAUAAAGAAAUAGAAAGCAUGGAAAAACAAGCUUUAGAAGACAUUGAAAAAGAAGAAACGAAAUUGACUAUCGACCGCAUCGACGAGGAAUUGAGAAUCCAAAUGACUUGUUUAUCACGUGUGGAGGAAAUUGCUCAUCUACAGAAGAUGAGGAAAGAAAAGUUAAACGCCCGGCAAGAAAAAUUAGCUUCGCCUGUAGACUUCAAAAAGCUUCCCUCUGCCACUUUCGAAGAUGAAACUGAGAGGGAAAGUAAUUACUCGGACGAUCUCAACUGGCGCUCAAAAGAAAUAUAAAACCAAAUACUUUUUUAUUAUUAAUAAAACGCU